CCGGAAUCUGCGACUCCACACUUUUGUGCUCUUAUUGCGCAGUCCACCAUUUUGAAAGGUCCACCACGACCCACCAGGUUCCCUCAUCACUCUCCUCGUACACGCACGCACACGCUCUGAAAAGAUAUGGCUUUUGACGGACACAUUCGCAGGGGGCACCCCAUCAUCUUCGGGCUGCUCAUCCUAUUCAGCAUCAUCGAGCUCGCGAUCACAGCAUGGCUGACGUCCAUGUUCAACGACUUCAACAACUUCUUCAGCUUCGCGGAGCGCGACCGCAUCCGCUUCCUGCUCUUCACAUCCAUAUGGACCCUCCUGUUCUCGUUCCUCCUCAUGGGCUCGUUCUGGAGGCUGCCCGAGCACCUGUUUAGCAGCACCGGGUCGCACAUAUUCUUGCUGCUCCUCACCUGGGUAUUCUGGACUGCGGGCGCAGCGAGCCUCACCUCAGCACUCGGCGGUGGGCUGAACUGCAACACCAACACGUUCAUCGCGUACUGUGGACAGCUUAACGCUGCAGAAGCGUUCGCCUGGAUCAAUUGGAUCCUGGUCACAAUCGCUCUGUUCGUCGUGGCCGGGCGCGGCAUCUCCGGGGCGCGCCGCGGCGAUGGCAUUCGUGGACCCCUGGUCGUCUGAUCUGUAACACGCCCGGUCUCACUUGCUCGUUUCUCCUCCUUUUUACUAUCGACUCGUUGGCUCUGUAGUGCCUAUAUACACGGACAUCUUGUUCUCUUGCUCUUCAACCUUGUCAUCCAUGGGAUACAUUCUGACUGUUAUAUAUCUACGAGUUUAUACGUCUAUCAUGUUGUUAUUUCUCUGACGCUCUCCCUUUUCCCUCGGCCUGUUACCUAAACUCUCUUGAACCUGUGUUACUUCGGGCUAUUUCAAAGGACUUACUUAUUCCUACGCGUUCGCUGGCAUGCCGUUGUAGACUGUUUCUGUAUGGCCAGGAACCUUGCUCCGCUUCCUUGACUUAAAUGUAUCAAAUGUUC